AGGUGCUCAGCGGGCUUUGCUCGCAGUUUUUUCGCGGUGCGUCGGGCGUGGAAGGGGCGACGCGAUCGAUGAUCUCCGCUCCAGCGGCUCCGCCCUCAGUUCUUCGCAUUUCGCGCCAUGCGAAGACACGAUCAAGCCGAUUUCCCUGUCGUUAUCGUAGGAAAUGGUCCAGCUGGUCUGUCACUCUCGGCAUUUCUUUCGGGGAUUUUGCCGUUUUACAAUCCUGAUACACCGCAUCCGGAUCCGCUGGUAAACAGAAAAUUGAUGAAGAAUCUGGAUCAAUCGUUACUAGAACAGGAUCUGGAAUGGUGCCAGUCGUUAGAGCCUAUUGGAGGAUCAACCCGGCCACUUUGUGUGCUUUACGACUCCUUAGUGCGCCCUGGUGCAGACCUUGGGGCGAAGAUAUCCUCUCGUCUGGCUUGGCAGUCAGAUCCUACCAAGAGCAUAUCGCACCUUGUUUUGGGAGAGACUGCAAUUGGUGGAAGCUGGAACACAUAUGAUCCCGAAAUGUUGGCAGUUUCUUACGCAUCAUGGUUGGACCUACCAGGCUUCUCCAUCUCAGACUGGCUUCAGGGAACCCCAUUAAUCCCACGACUACCAUCUGUUGCAAUCGCCCAGUACAUGCAGUGCUAUGCUGAAGAGUUGGGUCUUUCGAAAAGUAUCAUUCCUCAUACUAGAGUAAAUUCCGUUCGAAAAACUGGAGAGGUUUGGACAGUUUCUGGAGUGCGAGCAGAUGGGUCCUGCUUUAGCUACACCGCCAGGCAUGUCGUACUGGCUUGUGGAAAGAUGAAACAGAAGCAACUUGAGCUGACCAUGCGAAACCCUACUUUGCCAGUUGUUUAUGAUGCCUUGGCGCUCAAGUCCCACAUGGUAAACGAUCCUACGUUAGGCACAAGUGGAAGCAAUGCACGAGUAGUAGUUAUCGGAGACGGAAUCUCUUCUGCCGACGCUGUUCGCGCAUGUUUAGAACGCGAUGUUCCUGUGCUCCAUGUGAUGCGAAGGACCGAGAGACAGCUCCGAAACACGAUUUUCUCUCGUCUUUCUCCCACCCAAUACGCCGAGUACACUUCUGUGUAUCGCUUGAUGAUUGGGAAGGAUGAAAAUCCCCUUUAUGAAGGAAUUUUUGCGUCAACGGUCACAGAUGUGGACGAAAAAUCUGUGCUCACCAUACAGACUGCCAAAGGCAUUCGCUAUGAGAAAUCUUCAAUGCUUGUGGUGUGCAUUGGACGAAUGAGCGAUUUGGAAGGAAUUUUGUCGGAAAAGUACACUUUUUCCGGCUAUCAAUCAGAACAAGAUCCAACGCUCUAUGCAAUUGGUUCUCUAGCUGGCGACCAUUUUGUUCGCUAUCUUGUUGGAGGAAGUCUGGAAGUAGCGCGAUCUAUUCAAGCUUUUUACAAAGAUAGAAAUAAUAAUGAUGCUUGAGUGAUUGCAUGUUCCUCUCAUCGUUAACCUGAUGCUUAUGUUCUUACGCCGAUUCUAACAAUACGUAACUGUCGGUUAUGUUUGGCAGGAACUGAUUUCUGCAGAACAUGCAGCCUUCAUCUAUGCAUCUCUAAAAUUGUUGUGAUCUGCUCUGCCCUUUUGACUUGCUAAGUUAUGUUUAUGUGCCAUUUUAUGGAUUGUAAAACGAUCUCGAAAAUUCGCUAUUUUCGGUUCACUUUGUAAUUUCAUGUUAACCUCUAUAUAAUCAAAGAGUGAUGGUGAUCCUGUGAUCUGCUCCUAAUCAAGCUACGCGUAGAGCUUUAAUUACGUGUUUGUAGUUUCUGAUAUAUUUGUACGAGUACGUGAAUAUUUGUGUUCUACACUGGGAACAGUUCACGAAAUAAAUAUGC